CGUUCAUUUACGCUAAUCUACCUACCUCACACACUCUCUCUGUCCUUUCUUCAUCUCUUCAUCUAUGCCACACCCCUCCACAGCUACAGCUACAGCUACACCAACACCAACGCGCCUCCUCUCCUCGCCACCCCCGCGCUCGCAUCACUUGCAUCAUAACCCUACCACAACCACCGCCACCGCCACCGCCGCCGCCAUAAUCAUCACGAUCAUCAACAUCAUCACAAUCAUCACCACCACCGCACCCACCAACCCCACCCCACAUCACACAUGCACAUGCACAUGCACAUCACACAACGCCGCCACUCCACUACAGUCCCGCACCUCCACAGUCCCUUGGCUGCAAACACCAUAUCGAGUUAGCAUAGCUUCCGCACCUCCCGCACUCCCGCGCGAUCGGCGCCGAAAGGAAACGAAACUAAAAGAAAAGAAAGGGGCGGCAGAGGCGUCGGCGGGAAGGCGGGAAGGACGGCAGGGAAAAGUAAGAAGGGAAGGAAAAGGAAGGGAGAGAAGAAAGUGCGUGCGUGCAGACGCAAGCAAUCAAGCAAAACAAACAAGCAACCAAGUGGCCAACCAACCAACCAACCAAGCCAACAGUGAAACAAGCAAAACCAACACACCCACCACCUAUCUGCGCUCUAAAGUGGGGGUACAUAGGGGGUAAAAGGAAAAAAAUAAAAUAAAAAUAAAAGAUAGGUGGGGGGGGGGAGUAUUAAGAAAAAGCAAAC